AUGUCCAACAGGUGGAUGUCAAUACGUAUGGGUGUGAUAGGCGUAUUCGCGGCCUACAUUGCUGGGUAUUUGAUUCUUUGGCAUCAUGAUCGUAUUGAUGCUGGAUUGGCGGGUUUCUGCCUAAGUUAUGCGCUCGGUUUUGUACAGAUCGUGUUUAUGUUGGUCAAAGAUUAUACAACAAUGGAAACUAGCCUCAGCAGCGCGGAACGUAUCAAAGAAUACAUUGAUAUGCCUCAAGAAUUUUCCAAUACCAUCUCCAACGCGCAUCCUCCAGCUGCGUGGCCAACCAGCGGUGAAAUUGAAGUGUCAGAUUUGGUGGUAAAAUAUAGUCAAAACGAAGAGCCCGUUCUUCAUGACAUUUCGUUCACCAUAUAUGACGAGGAAAAAAUUGGCAUAGUUGGGAGGACGGGAUCCGGUAAAACCACCUUAGUAAAUUCGUUCUUGAGAUUGACCGAACCUAGCGAAGGUCGUAUCGUGAUUGACGGGAUCGACAUUUCCAAAAUUAGUUUGGAGGACUUGAGGUCCAGAUUGACGGUCAUAUCCCAAGAUAUACGAGGAGAAUACAGCGAUCACGAGUUAUGGGAGUCAUUAAGAAGGGUGCACCUUGUUCACAUCGAGGAGAGUUCACCGAAUGGUCAACUGUUGAUCAUUGGUCCUAUAACGAGUUUGGAAGAUCCAAUAAACGAAGGCGGUAUCAAUUUCUCUCGGGGUCAGAGACAACUUCUUUGUUUGGCCAGAACAUUAUUACGCCAAUCGAAGAUUAUUAUCAUGGAUGAAGCAACCGCAAGCAUUGAUGCAGAAACGGAUAACAGGAUACAAGAGAUCAUAGGAGAUGAAUUUCGGCACGCCACAGUUCUGUGCAUUUCGCACCGCCUCAAAACCGUUAUGGAUUCGAACCGAAUUCUCGUUCUCGAUGAAGGCGUGAUCGCCGAGUUUGACACACCUUACCGUUUAAUCAACAAUCCGGACAGCCUGUUUAGGUAUUUAUGUGAGCAGAGCGGCGAGCUGGAAUCUUUGACUGAGAUGGCCAGGCUAAACAAUCCAGACGAGGAUGAUGCGGAAGCUGAAGAGGAGAACGAUGCGGAAGUAGAUGACGAUUAUCAAACAGAACGUGAAUCCGUUCAAUUGGAAAAUGAAUUGGAAAAUGAAACCGAAACCGACGGUGCCGAACAAAGCGCGUUAUUUUGA